AAAAAAAUUAAAAUAACACAUAAUUAUAAUGAAGUAUAUAUAACAGUUGCACGAAAUUUAUAAACAUCUUCUAGACGAUAGAAUUUUGUGAUCAAGAGUAUCAGUAAGAAUAGAUCAUGAAGUUGCUACUUGCUAUUGCGUGUCUUGUUGCGGGAAUCACCGCAGAUUUGAACGAUUAUGACCAAUACGUCCAUUUUAAGGCGAAACAUUCGAGACAAUACAGAAUCACAGAAGAUAAACUUAGAUUCCAAAUCUUCCAAAACAACCUUCAAGAAAUCGAAGAGCACAACGCAAGAUACGCCAAAGGAGAGGUGGGAUGGUUCAAGGGUGUCACUCCAUUUGCCGAUUGGACCAAAGAAGAGUUCAAGGCUCUACUAACACGCCAGGCUGCUUCAAAGCCCAAGCUUACUUAUCGCCAAUCGUGUAUUGCCGAUUCCAAUGUUACUUUACCAUUAUCUGUUGAUUGGAGGUUAAAAGACGUAGUACUACCUGUAAGAGACCAGGGUAAAUGUGGAUCGUGCUGGGCCUUUAGUGUCGUCGGUGCCCUGGAGGGACAGGUAGCAAUUCACCAAAACCAAAGAGUUCCUCUGAGUCCUCAAUAUCUUGUCGACUGCAGUAGGACAAAUUAUGGUUGUAGUGGUGGUAUUCAAGAGGAUGCUUUCGAAGAAAUUCGAAAUAUAGGUAUAUGUGCCGACGCAGAUUAUCCAUACGAAGGUCAAAAUCAGGAUUGUCGUAAAGAUGUCAAAAAAUCGAUUAGUUCUAUCUCUGGAUAUAAGGAAUGUAAUCCAACCGAAGAAGAUUUGAUUUCUGCUAUUGCUACUGUGGGACCCAUAUCUUCUACUGUCGAUGCAUCCUAUUGGUCAUUGUAUGUAGGAGGUAUCCUGAAUGAAACGGAUUGUGGACGUUAUCUCAAUCAUGCUGUGCUUGCUGUGGGUUACACCGAUGACUACAUCCUGAUCAAAAAUUCUUGGGGUGAAGACUGGGGUGAAGAAGGAUACAUAAGGCUAGCUAGAGGACAAAACACAUGCGGAAUUAACGAAGACAAUUCCUAUCCCGUUUUGUAAAUUUUAAAUUUAAAUUUGGGCCAACAACAAUGAAAAAUAUGAAAUAAAUUUAUAAUAAACCAAUAUCAUUGUACCGAUGUA